UUCUACAGUCUCUCCAACCCUAUAUUUCAAUCCAACCAUACUUAUCAUUACUGCACCUAAAUGGCCUCCACGGGCGGUACCGGCGUUCCUCCAGGCUUUCGGUUCCAUCCUACCGAUGAAGAGCUACUUCACUACUACUUGAAGAAGAAGGUCUCGUUUCAAAAGUUUGACAUGGACGUCGUACGUGAGGUCGACUUGAACAAGAUCGAACCCUGGGACUUGCAAGAGAAAUGUAGGAUAGGGUCGACGCCACAAAACGAGUGGUAUUUUUUCAGCCAUAAGGAUAGGAAGUACCCAACAGGAUCGAGAACGAAUAGAGCGACGAAUGCCGGGUUUUGGAAGGCAACUGGACGAGACAAGUGCAUUAGAAAUUCUUAUAAGAAGAUUGGAAUGCGCAAAACCCUAGUGUUCUAUCGUGGGCGAGCUCCUCAUGGCCAGAAAACUGAUUGGAUCAUGCACGAAUAUCGUCUCGAAGAUGCUGAUGAUCCUCACUCCAAUAACAACUCUGAGGAUGGGUGGGUGGUUUGUAGGGUUUUCAAGAAGAAGAAUCUUUUCAAAGUAACAAGGGAAGGGGAAGGAGGGUCAAGCGCCAACUCCGCCGACCACCACCUAAACAACGCACACUCAUCAGCCUCCAUCGCUACAUCACGCACCUUCAUGCACAACCAACUACGCCAACCACAACAAAACUACGCCACACACCCCACAUUCGAGCUCAACAAAUCCGACCUAGCCCUACACUACAUGCCAACCACAGCCCCAUCUUCCCAUUUUUCCCAUCCCCUCUUUCACCCCAACAUUUCCACCCUCAACCACAAGCCCCUCGGCAGCACAGCCGCUGCUUACGACUACCCGUCGCUAUCCUCGCUGCCACCCGACACGCCGCUGAUGGUCAAGCAAUUGAUGUCAAACCCAGAGACGGACCAACCGGGUGAUGGGAUGACUGAGCCAUGGGCCAUGUUGGAUCGGCUCGUUACAUCUCAUUUAGGGAAUGAGGAUUCGUCUAAGGAUGUGAGGUUCGAGGAUGAAAAUGGGUCAUCGUCGGUGAGUCAAAUCAAUCAACUUUCGCUUCGAGGGGAGAUGGACUUUUGGGGGUACGCUAAGUAAGUGAAAAAUGUUGUUGACUUAUGUAUGGGUAUGUAUAUGUGAUGAUAUGAAUUGGAACCAAAUAGAAGAAGACAUGCAUGUAGGUGGGAUGGAUUUGUUUGUUGCGUUUGAUUUUAGGUUUGAUUGAUUGUGCAAAAAUUGUUGGUUCAACAUUUUCAAUAAUAUUAUUUGCGUCUCUGGCUGUAAUUGUAACAUCGAAAUGCAUAGCGAGAGAUUAUGAGAGCAUU